AAAAAAAAAAACUAAGAUCUUGAACGGUUUAAUAACGUUUUCAUUUUAUCAGGGUGCAACUGGAGAGUCAGGACCGGGCGGCGGACCAGGUUCUACUGGAGCUGAGGGUUCCAUAGGCAGUGUAGGACUCAAGGGAUAUCGAGGCGAUUCAGGAGAAGAAGGUGAGGCUGGUCAACGAGGAUCGAUGGGAAAUUCGGGACUUCCAGGACCAUCGGGGCCAGCGGGAAGCGAAGGAGUCGCUGGUAGAGAUGGUCGUCCAGGCAGAAAGGGUGAAGCUGGUGACUUUGGAGAUCCUGGAGAUAGAGGAGCCACUGGAGCUAUGGGUCGGCCAGGUCAACCUGGAUCUCCAGGGGAACUGGGAUCUGGUGGAAUUGCAGGUAUAGCUGGACUCACAGGGCCAGCCGGACCUGCAGGGGCUGCUGGGAUGCGGGUGAGACGAUUCAUUCAUGGCGGUUUGCUUAUACGUUAGUCUUAGAUGGAAUGAUCUCAUUGACCUCAAUAAAAAGC